GGAAGAAGAAGAAGAAGUUUUCUCCAACGUGAGGAUCGAUCGAUCGUGUCUACGCGAGACGACGAUGACGUCCCGCGUUCGUGACCGUUCCUCGACGAGGGAAGAAAGAUCGAAGGUGGCCUCGUCUCGCGUCAAGGAUCGUCUCCACGACGGGGAGGAUCGGGCGUUGAAUCACAAGGGGAAUCGUUACCAUUUCGGGAUGACGAGGAGCGAGGAGAGGGAGGAGGCGAGCAAGAACGGGCGAGACUACGGGACGGAAGACGGGAACGUAAACGCGGACUUGUUGUACAAAAAGAGCAAGGAACACUUUGGCGCGUGGGAUAUCAAGGACAUUGUGCAGGACGAGAGUUGGAGAUCGAGGAGGCAGACGGAUCGAUUGACGAACGGCCGGUCCAGAGAUGUUUGCGUCGAGGACGUCGACGAGGUGAGGACGGAGGGAUCGGGUGUCGAUCCCCGAGUUUCCUCGACGCACAGGUUGAGGAGGAAGGAGAGGUGGGAAAGCUCGGACGGUUCGAAAAUUUCCGCCGCGAAAUCGGGUCGAGCUGGGAGAGGCGAACUCUCGAAAGAGAUGGAGAAUUUGAGCGUCGUCGACGGGAGAUCGGGCGAGGAUCGAGCAAGAUCGAUCAGGACGAUGAUCGAGCGGUUCAAGCCGAGGGAAGAGGAGUCCAAGUCCAAGUUACGUCCGAGGGAGUGGAAUUCGAGCGAGAGGGAGGGGUACGGGUCGAGAAAGGACGGAGGUCGAGGUGAACUUCGUACAGAUCGUGUCACGGAUAUUAACGAUCGCGAUAGGGGCAGGAUCCAGAAAGACGAUCCGGCGGAGGAGCGCGGGCCCUCGAGAGGAUCCAAGUUGGGAGGGGCGGAGAGGUACGAGGAGGCCGGGAGAAGUGGUUCCGUGGAUCGAAGGACGGAAAAAUUCAACGACCCGGCUGCGGAAAAGAGGCGUUCGAGGGAGACGGCGUUCGAAGGCGACGUUUCGCGGAGGAGGGAGGGCAACUCGAGGAGGCGAAGUUACGUGUACGACGGUAACCCGGACGAUUUCGAGGUGAGGAUACAGAGGUACGAGAGAGGCGUCGCGGAUGCUGGCAGACCAACCGUGGAUUCGUCCAAGCGGGUCCCCUCGAAGGAAUCGGGCGUCGAUUCGGGGAGGAGGGAUUCCUUCAAGGAUCCUCACGAUCGGCAGGUAACGAGGAAGAGCUCGUUCAACAAGUGUUGCGACGCGAGGAGGAACUCUCACCACUCUCGGGACAGAGAAUCGAGCAAGGAUCGUGAGAACGAGCCGUGCUCGGGAAAGAGUUCGUUCAAAAGCCAGGAGAGGAAACACUCGGGAAGGGAAAAUCCGGAGCAGCGCGUUUCGUCCAAGGACUACGAGGGAGGAGGGAGGAAGAAUUGCUCCAAGGAAUCGGACUCGGAUUACGGGAGGAUUUUGUCGAGGAAUCGAGACGACGAGGAGGAGAGGAAGCGCUCGUUCAAAGGGCACAACUCCGAUACAGGCGUCAGCCGAAUCGCUUUCAAGGACGCUGAUUCGACGAGGGUACACUCGUGCAAGGAUCGAGAGGCGGACGUCGGCUCGAGAGUGAGCUUCGACGUGGGGCGUAAGAACUCGUUGAAGGAGAAGAGCGUAGAAUUUGGCGGGAUCUCGUACAGGGAUCACGACGACGAGGCGGAUCCAAGAUCGUCGGCCGGCCGGGACAACGAGGCGGCGAGAAGGAGGCGCUCCCCUAACGGCCGGUACGUCGAGUUCGGCGGUGUCUCUUUUCAGAGCGAGGCGGACGACUCGGAGGCGAGCCCUUCGAACGAACCUUCGAGGGGCUGGCCGAAGGAGCGCGGGGAUACGUCGAGGAGGCGAGGUUGCUCCUCGAGGGGCAAGAAUCGGGAAGAGGGCGAUAGCGAUAAAAGAUCGGACAGGCAUUCGAGACCGUUGACACCGCCGAAACGGGAGGGCGGGGAGGAAUUCGAUUCGAAGGCAUGGCACGAGAGCAACCGGAUUUUCGCCGCCAACUACAUCCGAGAGAACAGCAGAUACCGGGCGAAUCCGGAGGGCCGUUCGGAGAUCGAUCGAGAUCCAUCCCCGGAAUUGGGGAUCCAACAGCCCCGAGACAAUAGGAUUCAUCGUUCUUGCCUUGAGGAGGGGUCGAACGAGUUGGAGGAAGGGUCGAAGGCUCGAAGGAAAUCCGAGGAAAGUCCGAGGGCGUACGCGUUGGGGAGAAACGGGGAACACCCGGGGAGAGACGGCGAUGCGAGCAGAUACGCGUCGUCGACUCACGAAGGGAGGAACGGGGCGACGAUCAUCAGGAUCAGAUCGAGCCCGGAAACGGGUGUCGAGAGGAGACGUCGUCGUCGUCCUGCGCAGGACGCGUACGCGGGGAGACGGAGGCGUUGCGAGGAUCCGGGGGAGGACGAAGAGGACAGCGAGGAGGACGAGGAGGGCGACGAUCGGCGCGGAGGGUUUAUACCUGGAAGAGGCGUUUCCACACCUUCGAGAAGAGUCUGGAAUUACCGCGAAGGGGGUGUCCUGAUCACGGACGUCGAGGAGGGCCAACCUUGUUUGCAAUGCGGGGACUCGUGUUCGGGAUUCUCACCGCACACUUGGAGAAAGAACUGCACCAGUUGCAAGUGUCCCCGUGAGGCGCACGAUGUGUGCCACGAGGAAUGGGUGUCGGUCAGGUCUCGUUUGGGCCUGAAAGGCGAGGAAUUUUCGUGUCCGGCUACUUUCGACCCCAGGGGGAAGGGCCUCGCCUGGGCACCUCCUGGUCUACCAGCUCACAAGGUGGAGGAAUACUUUUCCAUGCUACCGGAAAAAUCCGUGCCUAGGUUAGGUACGCCCGGAGAACGAUACAGGGAUCGACAAUUGGCAUUUCAGCUGCCUAAGCAGGACUUAGCCAGAGCUUAUUGUCGCCACUUGAAUCCGAAACAUGCCAGCAGUGCUGACGAUUUUAUGGCGGCAAGGAACGAGAUCGCGUUGGAUAUCGGAAGCGUACAGGAAGUGCUUGAAAGAGAUGAUUGCGGUGCGUGUCACACGCCAUUAAAAUACGGCACCCUUGCCGUAUCUGCGAGCAAAUUGGGUCUUCUGUACCAUCCUGCAUGCUUUCGUUGCACCGAGUGCAAGGAACUUCUCGUCGAUCUUGCUUAUUGCGUACAUGACGACACACUAUUCUGCGAAAGACAUUAUGCCGAACAGUUGAAACCAAGGUGCGCGGCUUGCGACGAGUUGAUUUUCAGUGGCGAGUACACGAAGGCGAUGAGCAAGGAUUGGCACAGCGGCCACUUCUGUUGCUGGCAGUGCGACGAGUCUUUGACCGGGCAACGCUACGUGCUGAGGGACGAGCACCCUUACUGCAUCAAGUGCUACGAGAGCGUGUUCGCGAAUGGGUGCGAGGAGUGCAACAAAAUCAUCGGUAUCGAUUCCAAGGAUUUGUCGUACAAGGAUAAGCAUUGGCACGAGGCCUGUUUCCUGUGCAACAGGUGCAGAGUGUCCUUGGUGGACAAACAGUUCGGUAGCAAGGUGGACAAGAUCUACUGCGGGAAUUGUUACGACGCCCAAUUCGCCAGCCGUUGCGAUGGAUGCGGCGAGAUCUUCCGUGCCGGUACGAAGAAGAUGGAGUACAAGACCAGGCAGUGGCACGAGAAGUGCUUCUGCUGCGUGGUGUGCAAGAACCCGAUCGGGACUAAGAGCUUCAUCCCGCGCGAGCAGGAGAUCUAUUGCGCCGCGUGCUACGAGGACAAGUUUGCCACUCGAUGCGUUAAGUGCAACAAGAUCAUCACCAGCGGUGGGGUAACGUACAAGAACGAGCCGUGGCACAGAGACUGCUUCACCUGUAGCAACUGUAACAAUUCCCUGGCUGGCCAGCGAUUCACGUCUCGCGACGACAAGCCCUAUUGCGCCGAUUGUUUCGGAGAACUGUUCGCCAAGAGAUGCACCGCCUGCUCCAAACCGAUAACAGGCAUUGGCGGGACUCGCUUCAUCUCUUUCGAGGACAGGCAUUGGCAUAACGACUGUUUCAUCUGCGCGGGUUGCAAGACCUCGUUGGUCGGCCGCGGUUUCAUCACCGACGGCGAAGACAUCAUCUGCCCCGAUUGCGCCAAGAUGAAGCUCAUGUAAACGUUCAUUUCGGUGGUGCAAAACAACAUCGAAGCGAAGAGGAAACGAACGAGAAGAAAGGAAGAGGGGGGAGGGAGGGGAGAAGAGAAUUUGAGAUACAACGGUGUCCAGCUUGUGUAACGCGAAUAUGUAUAAUAUAUAUAUCCUCGCUAAAAUUUUUGCCUUCGAAACAGAAAAAGAGACUCCGCUUCGGGAAAAGGUGGAAAGUCGAUCAAUCUUGACGAUGAUCGAGGAUGUCGCGAUAAAAAUUACCGUGUUUCUCCGAUACCAAUUCGAUAUUAUAUUUUCAGGAAAUAUAUAUAUAUAUAUAUUAAUAUACGUGUCCAUAGCGGAGAAAUGCUGUAUUUUUUAUCGAGGAGGGGAAAAAGUCGGAAGAAAAAAAUCGGAUAUCCUUUCGCGAUAAUUUUUUUUUCGCAUAGAUAAACGAUAGAUAAGUCUCUGUUCUUCUUGGUAUUUAAUACGCGGUAUUUUCUCGAAGCAGAGAGCGCGCGAGCUGACACGGGGGUACUUGCUAGCUUCGUAGUUUUUUAGAGGCCUUUUUUUUAGUCACAUUUGCGAUUCCGAUUAUUCCUGAUUUCUCCCUCGGGCAGAUAAUGAUCGAGGAGAAACCAAGAACCGAGGGUGUUGAAACGAGGAAUAUCGAACGAGCGUACGAUAAAUAUUCGCGCGUUGCAGAAAGACUUCGAAGAAAAUUGCUUCGAAGAAUUGAAAGAGAAUCGAAACGCCUUAACGUUAUAAUUAAUGUCGGCGAGUCGUUGAAAUUAUUAUACAUAUAUAUAUAUAUAUAUAUAUAUAUAUAUAUAUAUAUAUUUGGAGAAUGGAACGAAGCUACGUACUGUCGUGAUGUUAUUUAACGUUAUUGUUUUUUUUCUUCUUCUUCUUUUCGCUUUGUACACAAUGGUAGAAAAGAGCGCGAUAAGAAUAAACGCGAGGAAUAAAAAUAAAAAAAAACGAGAGGAAAAAAAAAUAGAUGGAUCCUAUAUAUUCUUACGGAACUAAAUUUGAUAUAUGGAUAAUAUUAUUUUUAUUUAACUUAACUCACACGUACACACACGCGCGCACACACACACACACACACACACACACACACACACACACAUACACGCAUAUACACUCAAAAAAGCGCGAACAAUUAUACACAUACACAUCAACGCGAUGCCUUUAACAUGCGCGAAAAAACUGCACCCUUUUCUCUCUCUCUUGCUCUCUCUCUUCCCUAUCUCUAUCUCUAUCGCUCUGCGAUAUUGUACAGUAACACUCGUGCAAAAUUCGAGUAUAACGAACGAUUAAUUAAAACGAUGGGGCUCGGGUGCAUAGUUGUUGACAACGAAUGAAAAAGUUUUAAAAGAUUCAAAAAGUUCGACAUACGAGAUAUUUAAAUUUACGUUAUAUAUAGUCCAAAGAUUAUGAACUAAAUUUUUACCUUUCCUAUGUACUUCCUAUUCUUUUAGAAUAAUUUUAACUUUUCACGCGAGCCCAAUUAUAUAUAUUCGCGAAUGCGCGAUAUAAAUUCGCGAGCAUUUUUGCAUCAACCACGUCAAAUUGAAUAAAAAUGAUAAAAAGUUAAAAAAAAUAUUAAUAAUAAUAAUAAUAAUAAUAAAAUAAAGUAUACAAAAGAAAGAGAAAGAAAAAGAAUCACACGCAUCUACACACGCAUGCCGGACGAGUGUGCUACACGCACACGCGGAAAAAAACACUAAUUGUGGCCUUAUCCGCACGAGUACAUAAAGUUAAAAAAAAAAAAAAACUAACGUUUUAUGAGAAAUUAAUUAGUUGUUGAGAUAUAUAUAUAUACGGUACUAUAUGGUAGAGAUGUGUUACCGUCGAGAAGAGAUGAAAUAAAUGUGCAAAUGAAUGGGCAAAUAAACGGUAGCGUACCUCUAUAUAUAUAUAAAAAAAUAUAAAAAAAAAAAAAAAAAAAA